CCAUCGACAGGAACACAGACCUGGAGCGGUUCUUCAACGUGGACGCCCUCAGCGGAGUCAUCAGCACGGCCAAGCCGCUGGACCGUGAGGCCAACUCCGUCCACAACCUCACACUGCUCGCCAUCGAGAGCCAGGAUCCCACCCAGAUAGGUAAAGGCAUUGCCCUGAUCACCGUGCUGGACAUCAACGACAACGCGCCCGUCUUCGCCAUCGACUACGAGACCCUGCUGUGUGAGAACGCCAUGCCUGGACAGCUGAUCCAGACGAUUAGCGCGGUGGAUAAGGACGAGCCGCCCAGUGGACACCGCUUCUACUUCUCCCUGGCCUCGCCUGUGGCGGGGAACUUAAACUUCACCCUCCGCGACAACAAAGACAACACGGCGUCCAUCUUGACGAAGCGCGGCGGGUUCCGGCGGCGGGAGCAGCCGGUGUACCGCCUGCCGGUGCUCAUCGUGGACAGUGGCAGCCCGGCGCUGAGCAGCACCAACACGCUGGCGCUGCGCGUGUGCGACUGCGACGCCGACGGCGUGGCCAUGUCCUGCGGCGCCGUGGCCUACACCGCCACGGGGCUCAGCACCGGAGCGCUGCUCGCCAUCCUGGGGUGCAUCCUCACGCUGCUCAUCAUGGUGCUGCUGAUCGUGACGAUGCGCGGCCGCAGGAAGACGCCCCUGAUCCUGGAGGAGGAGCGGGACAUCAGGGAGAACAUCGUGCGCUACGACGACGAGGGGGGCGGCGAGGAGGACACGGAGGCCUUCGACAUGGUGGCCCUGCGCAACCUCAACGCCAUGCACGCCGACCUGGGCGCCGCCCUGCGCGGCGGCGGCGGCGACCCCAAGGCCCGCCGCGACGUCACCCCGGACACGCCCACCUUCUUCCGCUACCCGCCGCCGCAGCAGCAGGCGUCCUCCGGCGGCUCGUCCCGUCGGCCCGCCGCCUUCAAGUCGCUACCGGACCACGUGGUGUUCCGCGAGUUCAUCUGGGACCGGCUGAAGGUGGCGGACGUGGACCCGUCGGCGCCGCCGUACGACUCGCUGCAGACCUACGCCUUCGAGGGGAGCGGCUCGGUGGCCGAGUCGCUGAGCUCGCUGGAGUCGCUGAGCUCGGACUCGGAGCACAGCUACGACUACCUCAGCAACUGGGGCCCGCGCUUCAAGAAGCUGGCCGACCUGUACGGCAACGGAGACGCCGCCGCCGCCAGCAGCGUCAGCGUCUUCUCAUAGCCCGAAGAAAAGAAAAAAAUGAUGUUUUUAAACUGUUACUGUUUUCUUUGUUUGGUUUUUUCCACGUCGACGCCGACUCAGAGGAACGUCAGCGACGCUGUUUUAUUUAUUAGCUGAGGAGGUGAGCGAGUGCUUCGCGGCCGACGAGGCGACGAUUUUGAUUACAGCUCGACAAACUGUGAACUUGAAAAAAGAGGAAAUGGAAUGGCGUCCAAAGGUUUUGGCGCGUCUUGCCUCCCUCGCACGCCGGCGUUUCAGAAGUGUGACUCGGGGAGAUUCGACACAGACUUCUGAAGAAGAGGACUCCACAGGGGAAGGAACCUUUUUGCUCAAAAGACAUUAAAGGCUUGAGAUUGGGCUGGGCUCCAGCCACUGUUCAGGGGAGCGAUUCAACGGAGAGAG